CUGUGUAGGAAAUGAAGACAAAAACAAGCAAGGUUGAGGUUGAUAGCAGUUCAGAGGAUUCAGACUCUGAUGAUUCCUCUGUGGAAGAGUUACGCCCGCAGAAAAAAAGGGCUGUGCUAAAGAAUGGUGAAAAAAGUGACGGAGAGCUGGAUGAAGAUGAUGACAAAAAGAAACACAAGAAGAAGAGGAAGAAAAAACAUCGUCACAAGCAUAAGCCCAAGCAGAAGCAUGCAAAGCAUGAAAAACAUAAGCAUAAACACCAUGGGAGCAGUAAGAAGAAAGUCAAGAAGCUGGAAGAACCUAAACCUGUUGCAAAACAACCUGAACAGUUGAAGAAAGCUGUGAAAAGCAAAACUGCCCAGGCUCUGGAUGCCAUUGAGAAGAAAUUAAUCCAGGAAGAGUUGUUGAAGGAGAGAAAUAUCUUCAUGGAAACAGAGUCCAUCUCUGAUUCAGAAACACCUGGUAAAGGAAGUGACAUUGGGUCAGAUGAUGUUCAUCUUCCUCCUGCCAGUGAGGAUGAGGAACUGAAUCUUGAAGAACUUAUGAAGCAAAAGGCAAGUGCUAUCAUUUCUCCAGUUUCUGAUGACUCUGUCAAAUGGCAUACCUUGCAGAAAAGUGAUGCAAUGGAGCUGUUACAGAAGGAACUAAGUGCCUUAUCUGAAAAAGACAAAGGUGUUCGUCAAGAGAUAGAGGGGAGUGAGAAGCGCAAGAAAAUUUCAUCACCACCACUUACAAAGAAGAGGAAAAGGAAGCUUUCCUCUGGGUCGAGCUCAGACUCUGAGCAAAAGCAGAAGAAGCAAGCCCCAUUGAAGGAUGAGGUCACAUUCAUUAAGGAGGUGAAAGGCUCCCACGAUCGACGGAAGAAGGACGAUCAUGUCUUCAAAACACCACGUGAAGCAGGUCGUUCUCCAAGGGCUGACCCGAAAACCCUUACUCGACCCAAUCGUUCCCCUGCUGAUCUUAAGGCAGCUGACCAUAACCGAAAGCCUUCAGAGCAAGACCGCAAGCACUCUGAUCAAGAUCGCAGGCUCUCGGAUCAAGAUCGCAAGCACCCUGAUCAAAAUCGCAGGCUCUCAGAUCAGGAUCGUAGGCACUUGGACCAGAGUCGUCGGGAGCGUGAAGAAAGAGAUAGGCCUCGAUCACGUGAUGCCAGAUCCUCUUUGGAUGUCAACAGGGACCAAAGAGGAUCUGGGGACUAUGACCGUAGACGCUUACGUGAAGCAGACCGUCGGAGGGAUGAUGAUAGACGACCGUCAACAGAUCGAUGGAAUGAACGAGAACGAGUUGCAGGCACUGAACAUGAACGUGACCGUGAGCAACAUCGAGACUCCGAUAGGAUUCGAUCACUUCGCCCAGGAGAUCGAGAUGCUGAUAGGAGAGAAGCAAGAAGAUCUCGGUCUCCUUAUGAUAGAAGACCUUAUGAUAGGGACCGUGGUAGAGAUUACAGAAGUGGAGGUCAGGGAGGCCGUGACAGGUAUCGGGAUCACCAUCGAGAGGACAAGUUUAAGGGAAGCCUCUCCGAAGGUCUCAAGAUCGACUCCUCUUCUGAUGAAGAGAAAGGGGAGGAAAUUGACAUCAGCUCAGAAGAGGAGGAUGAAGAGGCCAUCAUUGAGAAGCGACGAAAGGAGAGGGAAGAACUUUAUAAGAGGCUUGGUGCAGCAAAUGAGGACUCAAACAUGUCUGCUGCGAGCUCUCGUGUCCCCACACCACCUGAACUCCAUAUAAUCGGUUCUAGUCUUAAGGAGAAGGACCAGGAAAAAGAAGAGGAGCAGAAAUUGAGGAGGAGGAUUGAAGAGCGCAUCAAAAAUAAGAAUGAUGAGGAAAAGGAGAAUGAUGGGGAUAUGUUCUCUGAGAACUAUCAGGUCAAGAGUCCUGGGAGCAUAGAACCAACAAUGGGUUUCAAGGAUACAUCCCACGUGACAGACGCUUGCGACGACAAGGAGGGUUACUACCGGGUUCGCAUUGGAGAGGUUUUGGAUAACCAUUAUACUGUCUAUGGGUACACAGGGCAGGGUGUGUUCUCCAACGUAGUCCGGGCCCGAGACAUAGCCCGAGGGAAUCAGGAGGUUGCCAUUAAGAUCAUCCGUAACAACGAUAUCAUGCACAAGACAGGCCUAAAGGAGCUAGAAAUGUUAAGAAGGCUGAAUGAUGCUGACAGUGAAGAUCGAUUUCAUUGCCUGCGACUCUAUGGCCACUUCUUUCACAAGGGACAUCUCUGUAUGGUCAUGGAGUCUCUUUCCAUGAACCUUCGUGAGGUGCUGAAAAAGUAUGGGAAGAAUGUUGGCUUGCACAUCAAAGCAGUAAGAUCCUACAGCCAGCAGCUUUUCCUUGCCCUUAAGCUCCUCAAAAAGUGCAGCAUCCUUCAUGCAGACAUCAAACCUGACAAUAUCUUGGUAAAUGAGAGCAAGAUCGUAUUGAAGUUAUGUGACUUUGGAUCGGCAUCCCAUGUGGCAGAGAAUGACAUCACUCCAUACCUGGUGUCCCGCUUCUAUCGUGCUCCAGAGAUCAUUCUUGGCAUCCCAUAUGACCACAACAUUGACAUGUGGUCUGCUGCUUGCACCAUAUAUGAACUCUACACAGGCAAGAUCCUCUUUGCAGGGAAGUCCAACAAUCAGAUGCUGAAAUUCUUCAUGGAUCUCAAGGGGAAAGCUAGUAACAAGUUCAUUCGGAAGGGUGCCUUCAAAGACCAGCAUUUUGAUGACAAGUGCAAUUUUCUCUACCGGGAGAUUGACAAGAUUACUGAGCGGGAAAAGGUGACAUUGGUAUCAGUUGUCAAUCCAACCCGCGAUCUCCUCGUAGAGCUCAUGGGAGCUCAAGUAGUAAUUCCUGAUGACCAUGCCAAAAAAUUGGCUCAGUUGAGGGACCUCCUGGACAAGAUCCUCAUGCUGGAUCCCAGCAAGCGCAUCUCCAUCAAUCAAGCCCUCAUGCAUCCUUUCAUACAAGAGAAAAUGUGAUCAUCGCAUUAUUGAAUCUGUACGAGUGAACUCCAGUGGUUGCGUAAGUCAUGGUGUUUAAAGAGUUGAACUCAUCCUCCCAUGUAAGUUCACUUCCUUCUCAGGGGAAGAAAUGCUGGGAAAUCAUGUCAAGUGAGGGAACAUGUCAUUGGGUGAUACAAUUUGUGAAUUUGUUUCCGAUGUUGUGGGCGAGAGAGAGAAAAAGUGGAGGAGAACCCAGUCGGGUCACGACACGACCUGUCUCAUCUCUCUCGAUCAUUCGACCAAGGGUAAAUCCUUUGGUUGUAAAAGAGGGGAGAUGGAGAGGAAUGAUCCAAGGGAGAAUGAUGGUGUUUGCAUGUUUGCAUAGGAAGGAGAAUUGGGAUAGAGGUUCAUGAAUGAUGAUGGAGGAAGUGAAAAUGGGAAGAAGAGCCAGUGUCUCACAGAGAGACAGUGAUGUCGAUGUGAUCAGAUGGUUUGCCAAAGGCCAGUUUUCCCACCAUUCAGGCACUUAACCCCUUUUUCUCCUCGGCAUAUACGUUCAUCCAACCUUCCUCCUCCGCUGCUUCUCUGGCUCGUUUUCAGAGCGGCAAACUCUGCUCCAUCGUUCGCGUUCAGGGUUACCACUUUCGCCUUUAUGCACGUGGUGCAAGUGCCUGAGGAAGCGUGGAAGGAGAGGAAGUGUUGGAUCCAGCUAGGAUGAGAAAUGAUCAUUUCCAUUAAGUUUACUCUGUAAGGAAAGGACAAAAGUGUAUUAAUCGAGGGGGUGUUUCCCCCUCUCGUGUUUCUUCCCUUGGACAGAAAGAAUCUUCUCCUGGCCCUGGUGCAGGAAGAGACAAACUCAUCUUCACAACUUUUGGAUUGCUGCUGUCAUUCGCCUCCAUUCAUCUGCCACUCAUUUCCAUCCUGUGUCUCAGGCCUGAUUGUUUUUUCUUUUGAUCAGAAAUAAAGACUAUUCCUUGAAA